CAUGGCCUACCUUGGCUCCCGAGCGUUUCUUCAGUGUGUGGCCCCUGAGUGCCUUCAACCGGUCACGUACAAGCUGAUGAGGGAUGGUCUCCUGAUUGACACUUCCACACAUCUCCAAGCGGCCCAGCCUGCAACGUUCUCCCUGAAGGUCACUGUGAUGUCAGAGGGGUUGUACCACUGUGAGGCCGACACUGAAGGAAGCACAGGAGCGAGCAACAGCAUCAGACUAAGUGUAGUUACUCCUGAUUCAAACACCAGAGUGACAUCUGACCCCUUCCCGCCUGUGGUUUACGAGGGGUCGAGAAUGGUUUUGAGCUGCGAUGCUGCGCGGGGCUCCCACCUCUCCUACACCUGGUUUCACAACAGGACGGAAGUGACUCCUGCAACCAGGACUGGCAAUAAGCUUGUGAUGGAGAGGGUGACUCCAGAGCAUGCUGGGUAUUAUUACUGUACGGCGUGGUCCAGGGUGCGAGACGUCCAACGAGUUUCCAGCAGUUCAGAGGUGAAGAUGGCAGUAAAAGUCUAUCUUUCAAAACCAAAGAUCUCUCUCUCCGUCUUCAAAGAUGGGGGGAGUUACCGUGGUAACGUGACCUGCUGGUCAUCAAGAGGAACUCCUCCCAUCAACUUCUCCCUCGCGGUGGAUGAUAAGGCAGUGGCUUCUGUUCUGGCAGCUGAGUCUCUCAGUGCCUGGUUCAACGUGACAGUGGUCCCCCGGCUGGAUGUGGGCGUGGCUCGAUGCUGGGUGAAAAAUGAGGUGCAGGAGUUGAAGAGUGAGCCUUUGACACUGGAAGUGGGUAUGAGGCACUCGCGUGAGGGAAAUGCCCUGACAAUGUCUUAUCGACUCGUAUCACUUAUUUCUCGUCUUCAUCUUUCCUUGCUCGUAUGUCCAGUGCCAGUUGGAGGAGAUGUUCACGUGGAAGUUGAAUAUCUCUACACAGCUCACUCCUUACUUGCUGCAGCACGACUGACGUGUCAUGUCAGUCGAGGCUCUUUCCCUUUGGUCGCUUGGCUUUUGAACGACUCCCUUCUUCCCUCUGAGACGCUAGAUGAUGAUUCCCACGAUUACGCCCUGACGGACCGCAGACGUACUCUUAUCCUGGUCAAGUUCCGCCUCCAACAGUUAGGGUAUUACCGAUGCAGGGUCAGGGACAGCUAUGACGACGCCGGCGCCUGGCUGGAGAGUGGAGCUGUGCUAAUCCAAGUGAAAGACGUGAUGCCUGACAGCACACUCCUGGAAACACCUUCUCCUGAGACAUCAGCGAACGUGAGCACAGAGAUGAUCGCCAUAGCGUUCUGCUGCUUUCUUCUCCUCACGUUGGCAGUCGGCAUCGUCAGCGUGUACAUGAUGAUUGAGGACAAACAAGGUGUGUCUGUGUGUGUUAUGAGGGGACUUUCAAUGGCUGGAGAAGUAAAUACGUUCAUUUUUGCAGGUCUUCCACGCAGUUCUGCAACAAAUUGUCGGUCCAAUGUGCUGCCUUUAUCUGAAGCUAUCUGCAACUCGGAGGUAAAGCAGGCUGAUACCGUCCCAACGGGCUGGGAUCUAAACAACCAGAUACAUACGCUCAGGACGCCAAACAAUGUUCUGUUUAGGGACCCAAUUUGGCCAAGAAUUAAAACUACUGUAUUUUUUGCUUUGGAUUGCUAUUGCUUGUUACAAGCCCACAUAAGUCACCUUUCUUCCUUUUUUGCUGUUCUAGAUUGUGGAGCUCACGGUGUGAGGGUGCGCCUUUCAUCAAACGCAUCAACUUUUCAAGCAUAUUUUCUUUCAUUUUUCAUUCAUCACGUUGUCUGCUGGUAUUCCAGUUCUCCCAUUUUUUAUUUUCACUUCCGUUGCGGAGAACAUUGUCAUAAACACAAAUCAAUUAAAGCCAAAUAAACACCGCCAACACUACUUCUACUUCUUCCAAAUCAUUUCUAACAUCCAUUCAUCUUCUUCCACUUAUCCGAGGUGGGGUCGUGGGGGCAGAAGCCUAAGUAGGGAAAGCUCAGACUUUCCUCUGCCCAGCUACUUCUUCCAGCUCCUCCCGGCGGAUCCCGAGGCGUUCCCAGGUAUAGUCUCUCCAAUGUGUCCUGGGUGGGCCUGUCGCGAUAACAAAUUUUGCUGGUUGAUAAUUGUGCUACGAAUUAUCGUUGAUAAUCGAUAUUAUAGGCAUUUUUCAGACACUUUUUUCCAUUAAUAGUCAUGAGAGGUGCAAUUUACAUUUGAACCACUAGAUGGUACUCAAUUAUAGUGUACCUGUGUGAGCCACAUAGCUUGACACAAAAGUUGCCUGUAUAGACCCUGUCUGUGUUAAAGGGGACCUAUUAUGCUUUUCCGACCUAUAAAUGUUGUGACAAUGUUGUAUUCUUGUGUUAAAUGAUGCCAUCGCGUCAGAUAAUGAGGUUUGCGCAUUUGGAAGUGAACGCUGAGAGCAGUUUUGGAGGGCACUGCACGCUUUUUUUUAACACCGAGUUCCAUUGACGUCAAUGAAACCUGGACUUCCUUAUAUGGGCAUGCCCAGCACCCCCGCUCUGUUCACGGUGUUAGCACAUCGAGCAAUGGCUCCCAGGAAAUGUUUGUUGGGGUGUGCCUAAAGAGGCGAGCAUCAGGCAGAAGUGGUUGGAGUUGUUGAUUCCCGACCAGCAAGAGAGGAGCAUAUUUUGCUCCUCUGUCAACGGCACUUCACACGGGACUGUUUCAUGAACACGGGCCAAUACAAAGCUGGACUGUCCACCAAACUGUUGCUGAAGUCCGACACCUUUCCAACGUUACCUGGUCGUGUUGAAGAGUCAGAGGAGCAACCUGUAAGUAACAAUUUAUCAAUGCCCUAACUGUUUAUUUUGUGUAAGUAAUACAACAAAAUGGGUUCUGCAGCUGUCUGGAAGUCCUCGGGAGCACUUGGGAGUGUGACCAAUCACAGGGGAGUGAGCUCGGCGGGAGGCGUAUCUGGAGGAGGGCCGAGGGUGGACUAAAUUACAUAGAUCGUUUGGGCGGGAGGCAGGAAACACUGCAGGAAAAGGUGCCGAGUCUGGAAGAUCUAGAAAGCUUUCUGUGCGGGUUAUGCGUGUAGCUGCUCUACAGGAGUCCACAACUCAACACAAAUGCCCGAAAAUUAGUAUAAUAGGUCCCAUUUAAGAAAAAAAAAACACUCCAAUUAAAACUACACACACACACCCGCAGUUAUGUGGUGUAUCGUUAAACUAAUGUCUUCUUUCACUCGGUUAUACAGUUCAGGAAUUGCUGUUUAUGACAUGUGCAUG